AUGCUGGGUGAGAUCCAUCGACGGAAUGGUAGUAUUCUGGACCGUGAUUUCCCCGCUCUUUGUGGCUUUACUCGAGAAGAACUGAUUAAGAAUUUCUAUGAUGAAAUUGAGACUUUGGGAAAAACCAACGACAGUAGUACCGAGGAAGUACUUGACGUCUUGAGUCGUCGAUACGGGGGUUAUCGCUUCCACCAUCCCGGCAUACAGCUCUUCCACCCAUGGAGUGUACAAAAGCGUUUUCAUGAAAGUGAAUUCGGUGAAUACUCAGACCAGAUAGGCAUUCCCGAGGUGCUAAAGCUGUUACGAGAGGGCAACUACAACCUAUCUGCCCUAUUGGGUAGAUUCGGUCUCGAGUGUGAAUCCGACGUCGGCUACGGUGUUGGAGCCGGGUGUUGA